AACCACAACACGAGUCAUCAUAAGCCGCAGGAAGUGAUCAACAAUUCUUUGCCACUCAUUAUCAUUCCGUCCGCCAAUCAGAUGAUUAGCUCAACAUUUUCGGUACCAUUUAUGUCGAUAAACGACGAGAAGAGUUGGUUCGCGAGAAUACUGGACAACGAGUUCUGCGCGAAGGCGUCGCUGCGCGGUCUGAGCGUCGGACGGGUGGGUCGGCAGCGGUUGGCGUUGAGCGCCAUCAGGGGAUCGGUGGUCGAGAAGCAGCUGAUUAUGGACGCGAGCGGCCAUUUCGACUGCAAAGUGUUCGGCCAAUCGAUUAGCGCUAAAAACGGUUUCUACGGUCAGGUGCCGGCGCUGGUGGCCAACGAGCGCGAGUUCAACGCCGUGAUCGAGUUGUUCGGCAAAUGGCGCGUCUGCGCGGCCAAUGAGGUGACGGACGGCCGCGUGUUUGAGGACAAAGUGAUAGCCAUCAGGGCUUUCGUGUGUAACAUA